AUGGAAUCAGAGCCAUUUGAAGUUGUAGCCCUAGGAAGACCUCUGUUUCCUGGUAUGCUGUAUGACUGCCGCAAGGAUUCCUUCAUUCCAGGUGUUACUCUGUGGGAUAAGAAAUCAUUGAGUGAAGAUUUGGACAGUCGUCCGCAACUCAUGACAGAUUUGAAGUUCAGUAGCUCUGAUUCUCUCUCUAGUAAAUCCAGUCUCCUGGAUAUAAGUGCUUCCCUGAAGGCCAGCUUUCUGGGGGGGCUGGUGGAGGUAGGAGGAUCUGCCAAAUACCUGCAAGACACCAAAUCCUCAAACAAACAGUCCCGAGUUACAAUGUAUUAUAGUGAUACUUCCAGAUUCGAACAGCUCACUAUGACCCAACUGGGCAAGAUCACCUACCCCCAGGUGUUUGACCAGAAAACUGCAACUCAUGUGGUCACGGCUGUUCUGUACGGAGCUCAGGCCUUCAUGGUGUUUGAUAUGAUGUCUUCAGAAGGUGAAAGCAAGCAGGAGACUGAGGGAAAACUGAAUGUCAUGGUCAAGAAGAUUCCUGAAUUUUCUAUUGAGGGAGAAGGAUCUGUAGCAAUGACAGAUGGUGAAAAGAAAACCGCUGAGAAUAUCAACUGCACAUUUCAUGGUGACUUUCAUCUUGAGCAGAACCCCACCACAUACAUGGAGGCCCUGGAUUUGUACAAGCAGCUCCCCACUCUGCUGAAGGAGAAUCCAAAGAAUGCAGUUCCAAUAAAAGUCUGGCUAUAUCCUCUUUAUUUAUUGGACAAAAAAGCCGCUCAGUUAGAGAGAGAAAUCAGCACACGUCUGGUUUCCAACACUGCAGAUAUAAUGGAGGAGCUGGGAAAGGUAGAGAGGACAUGCAACGACCUGUCCAGAAGAACAGAGGUAAAUUUUUUCAGUGACAUUCAAGAGAGGCUGCACUCAUUUCAGGACUCAUUUAGCAUUUACAAGACAGUGUUUCAGAAGGCAGUGGCCAGGGUCUUGCCUGCUAUUCGAGGAGGAGGAGAGAAGGAGGAGAAACUGGGAGAUAUCCUGAAGAUCCACUACAGCUCCCCUUUUAAUGCUGACAAGCUUAACCAGUGGUUACAUGAUGCAAAGUCUGAACUUGACCUCUUGCGCACUCACACCAGGAAGCUGGAGCAGAUCAAAAUUGAAAACUUUGAUGAUCUGAACACCAUUCUCCUUGAUCCUGAUAUUGAUGUUGUGUUGUGCUUGACCUUCACAUCUCUGAAGUAUAAAGACCCAUAUCUUUCAACCCUAAAUGAGUUCCUGAAAUCUGAUAAGUUUAAAAAGUUAGUUGGAAACAAAAAUGCAUCUGUCGGAAAAUGGUUUAAUGAUCCUGAUGUAAUAGAAAAGAUGAGAGAGAACUUAUCUCUCUUCAGAGGUUUUUUAGAAGCCAAUAAAGAUAAAAAGAGAAUCCACUUCAUUAUUUCUGCUGUCUCUGAUCCCUCCAAUCCAGGCUCCUCAAUCUAUUUGUACGAAAAAGGGAAUCUGACAGACAAACAGUUCCAGCCUGUGUCAAAGCCGCCCCCACCGAUAGUGAAGGACGUCCAGGACCAAACUGUGUCCCUGAUACUGCAGAAGUCUCCGAGUGGAGUAACAGUGCAGUACAGAGUAGAGUACAAGGAGGUAAAAGCAGAUUCUGGUGCUGAGGAGAAGGAACAAUGGCUUUUCAUAAACACAGCUGAUGAAGACUUUACUCUGACUGGAUUGGAAUCCGGAAAGCAGUAUUUGAUCCGCUACAGGACAGUGGAUAAAGUGGGAGUGAGUGAAGCCAGUGAUACUGUCCGCUCCAUAUCGUCUGCAGCACAAGAUGUGACUGUGGGUGGGAAAGGAGGUGCUCCAUUCUCCUUUAAGAGCUUUUCCAGCAGCAUUAAGAAGAUCAGCAUUACUUGCAGCAAGAUGACACUGAACACAAUCGAGGUGACUUUCAACACUGGCCAGGCGAUGACAGUUGGUAAUGUACCAGGAUCUAAUAAACAUACACUUGAACUUAAUGAAAAUGAUAAAAUUGAAGCUGCAAAACUGUGGCCAAAUAGUCAAAAUAACAGAUGUGCGGGUUUGGAAUUUGUAGUUGCAAAAAAGCCAUUUUCUGUUAAGUGUAAUCAACUGGGUGAACCUGUGAGUGUUGAUGUGAAGUCUGGAAAGUGUUAUGGCUUUAUGGGGAGAAGUGGAAGUGAAAUUGAUGCUCUGGGUUUCUACUUUGUUUAG